AAAAUGAGUAGACAAAGGGUAAACUCCAAGUAUUGAUAUAAUUCUCAUAAUUAGGUCACCUACCGUAAACAAGCAAAUUAGGAAACACAGCAAGGAUUCAGAUUCAAGUUCUUCAGAAAGAAGGUAUGGAAAAUUUUGGAAACCAAAUGAGGAUGCACUUUUGAUUGAAUUACACUCUAAAUUCAAUGGAAAUUGGGGUUUAAUCGCUGGGGAAAUUCCUGGAAGAAACUUAAGUCAAUGUUAACAAAGAUGGAAGCGUAUAAAUCCAAAUAAGGUUGGAUUUUAAAGUUUAUAUAUUUAUAGACCAAAUUACGUAAGCAGUGGAGUGAUGAAGAGGACAAGCGAGUGAUUCUGUUUGUUCAAUAAUAUGGUCGAAAUUGGAAAGUUAUAGAAGGAUUUAUGGAAGGCAGAUCAAGUAAGUAGAUUAGAGAGAGGUUUUUAAAUAAUUUGGAUCCCGAGAUCAACCAUUAAAAGUUUACUCCCUAGGAGGAUAAAAUAAUUUUAGAAUAGUAUCGAAUUUAUGGUCCAAAAUGGAGUGAGAUUGCAAAGAUGUUGGAUAGAAGACCUGUAUUAUUGUAUUUAAACUUAGGAAAACCAAGUGAAGAAUAGAUUUUAUUCGUUUAUUAAGAGGGUGCACAUGUUGGAGGAGAAAUCGGACGAUGAUGAUGAUGAUGGGAAUUCUUCGUUUUCCGAAUAACCCAAUAUUCCUCAGCCAAUUCCUAUUUAUCAGCCUUUGGAGACUAUUUAAUCAAUCAAAGAGGAACAUGACAAUACAAAGAACGAUUCAAUAAGAAACGAUUCAUUUAUGAACAUUCAAAAUCGUACACCAUCGCACAGAAUUCAACCAUCAAUUAAUUUAAUUUAAGGAUUAGAUUCUUUUGAUUCAAAGUAAUUUGAAGGGAUUCAUUCGCAAGACAUUUCUCCUUUUCAUUAGAGAAGAAUAUUGAUGGACUAUAGUCCAAUUAAUUUUGAGUAUGCACAUCAUCAUCCAAAUUUCGAUAAUGUGUAAGAGGAUGUGAGAGAAUUGAGAAGUUAGAUAGAAUGUAUAAGUUUGGAAAAGAUUAAUUGA